UGCCUCAAAGUGACCACGGACCAAGCAGUCUUUAAUGAACAGGCAAGGCCAACCUCUGCUCCCUGGGAAGAGGAACUGCUCAUCUGAAAUCCAUCACCUUUUUGGAGUCUUCAAACCAAGGAUUGAAAAGAACAUAAGAAGUAAACUGGCCUCCAGUGCCUCUGGCCUUCCUGUGGAAAGCAGACAAAGAGUGUAUGAAGACUGUUCAAAUAUGUCAGAGACUUCCUCCCAUGAUUCUUUCUAUGAUUCCCUAUCAGACAUGCAGGAAGAAAGCAAGAAUACUGACUUCUUCCCUGGGCUAUCUGCUUUUCUCAGCCAGGAAGAGAUAAACAAGAGUCUUGACUUGGCCCGGAGAUCUAUAGCCAACUCUGAGACAGAAGAUUUUGAUUCAGAAAAGGAGAUCUCACAGAUUUUCAACACCUCUCCUCGAAGCCUCUGUGAAAAACCUUCUCAUAAGGAGACCAAAUUGGGUAAGCCAACCUCCUCAGGAAGACCUCAUGAUAACAGGCCACCACCUGUCCAGCCUCUGCCAGAAGAACAAACUGAGCCUAUCUCUUCACCUGUUUCAAAGAGGAAGCCUGCCAUGUCACCCUUGCUUGCCAGCCCCAGCUAUAUCCGGAGUCUGCGAAAGGCUGAGAAACGUGGUACAAAGACUCCCAACACAAGUGUAAAGCCCAAACCAGCGUAUCAAGGUAAGGCUGGCCCCCAGAGCCAGCUGUGUGACAAGGCAGCUAAUCUCAUCGAGGAGCUGACAUCCAUAUUUAGAGAAGCGGCAAAGCCAAAAAACAGAAGCCCAAAUGGGGAGUCCUCAUCACCAGACAGUGGGUACUUGUCUCCUAAAAACCAGCCGUCAGCCCUGAUGAGUGCCUCAGCCAGCCAGAGCCCCACUGAAGACCAACAGGAGUUGGAAGCAGAGGCCAAGUUACCCAAGGCCAGGCAUUGCUACCAGACAGACCAGAAGGUGGCAAUGCCAUGCAGUACCAUCUCUCCCCCACAGCCCCAGAAUGCUCUUCGCUUCCCUUCAGCUCCUCGAUUCAUCCAGAAGCUGCGGAGCCAAGAAGUGGCAGAAGGAAGUAGAGUUUAUUUGGAGUGCAGAGUCACAGGAAACCCAACUCCUCGAGUCAGAUGGUUCUGUGAGGGGAAGGAGCUGUACAACACUCCUGACAUUCAGAUCCACUGUGAAGGUGGAGACCUCCAUACCCUGAUCAUAGCAGAGGCCUUUGAGGACGACACAGGUCGCUAUACCUGUCUGGCUACCAACCCCAGCGGCUCAGACACAACAUCUGCCGAGGUGUUCAUUGAAGGUGCCAGUUCAACAGAUUCUGACAGUGAAAGUUUAGCUUUCAAAUCAAAACCUGGAGCUAUGCCACAAGCUCAAAAGAAAACAACUUCCGUUUCCUUGACGAUAGGAGCAUCAUCUCCGAAGACAGGAGUGACCACAGCUGUGAUUCAACCAUUAUCUAUCCCUGUUCAACAGGUUCACAGUCCAACUUCGUAUCUCUGCCGACCUGAUGGAACCCCUUCUGCCUACUUUCCUCCUGUUUUUACAAAGGAACUACAAAACAUAGCCGCAUCAGAGGGCCAGGUGGUGGUUCUGGAGUGCCGGGUCCGAGGAGCGCCCCCUUUGCAGGUCAAGUGGUUCCGACAAGGGAGUGAAAUCCAGGACUCUCCAGAUUUCAGAAUUCUACAGAAAAAACCUAGAUCUACAGCUGAACCUGAGGAGAUCUGUACCCUGGUUAUUGCUGAGACUUUCCCAGAAGACGCGGGGAUCUUUACAUGCUCGGCAAGAAAUGAUUACGGAUCAGUAACCAGUACUGCCCAGCUGAUUGUCACCUCAGCCAACACUGAAAACUGUAGCUAUGACUCAAUGGGAGAAUCCAACAAUGACCACUUCCAACACUUUCCACCUCCCCCUCCAAUCUUGGAGACAAGUUCCUUUGAAUUGGCUUCAAAGAAACCGUCUGAGAUCCAGCACGUGAACAGCCCAGAGUUAGGACUUAGCAUGGCAGCCCUUCAAAUGCAAUUCAGUUCUACUGAGAGGGAAACGAACGGAGUCCAUCCCAGCCAUGGAGUAAAUGGACUGAUUAACGGCAAAGCUAACAGUAGUAAAUCUCUUCCAACACCAGCUGUCCUGCUUUCACCCACGAAGGAGCCACCACCUCUGCUUGCCAAACCCAAACUGGACCCUCUGAAACUCCAGCAGCUCCAGAACCAGGUCCGCCGCGAGCAGGAGGCCGCCCCUCGCAGCGCGCCGCCCUCGCCGCCCUUCCCGCCGCCGCCCGCCCUGCCCGAGCUCGCGGCCUGCGCGGCGCCCGCCGCUCCGGAGCCCAUGAGCGCGCUCGCCUCCCGCUCGGCGCCCGCCAUGCAGUCGUCCGGCUCCUUCAACUACGCGCGCCCCAAGCAGUUCAUCGCCGCGCAGAACCUGGGCCCCGCGUCGGGCCACGGCACGCCUGCCUCCAGCCCCAGCUCGUCCAGCCUGCCGUCGCCCCUGUCGCCCACGCUGAAGCCCUUCGGCCGGCCGGCCGCGCCACCCUUCGCGCAGCCCUUCGGCGCCGAGGCCGAGGCCGCCUGGUACCCGGGCUCGCCCUCCCCGCCGCCACCGCCGCCGCCGGUCUUCAGCCCCACCACGGCCUUCCCGGUGCCCGACGUGUUCCCGCUGCCGCCGCCGCCGCCACCGCCGCUCCCGGGCCCCGCCUCGCCCGCCGCCCGCUUCGGGCCCGGUCAGACGCCCGCGGCCUUCCUCAGCGCCCUGCUCCCCUCGCAGCCCGCGCCGGCGGCCGUCAACGCCCUGGGCCUGCCCAAGGGCGUCACCCCCGUGGGAUUUCCAAAGAAGUCCAAUAGAACUGCUAGAAUAGCCUCUGAUGAGGAGAUUCAAGGCACAAAGGAUGCUGUCAUUCAAGACCUGGAACGAAAACUGCGCUUCAAGGAGGACCUCCUGAACAACGGCCAGCCGAGGUUAACAUAUGAAGAAAGAAUGGCUCGUCGAUUACUAGGUGCUGAGAGUGCAACUGUCUUUAAUAUUCAGGAGCCGGAAGAGGAAGCAGCUAAUCAGGAAAUUGAGUCUCCUCAUGCUUCUGUAGGGGGUCCUCUGGAUGGUCAAAAGGAAUACAAAGUCUCCAGCUGUGAACAGAGACUCAUCAGUGAAAUCGAGUACAGGCUAGAAAGGUCUCCUGUGGACGAAUCAGGUGAUGAAGUUCAGUAUGGGGACGUGCCUGUGGAAAACGGAAUGGCACCAUUCUUUGAGAUGAAGCUGAAACAUUACAAGAUCUUUGAGGGAAUGCCUGUAACUUUCACAUGCAGAGUGACUGGGAAUCCAAAGCCAAAGAUCUAUUGGUUUAAAGAUGGAAAGCAGAUCUCUCCAAAGAAUGAUCACUACACCAUUCAAAGAGAUCUCGACGGGACCUGCUCUCUCCAUACCACAGCCUCCACCCUAGACGAUGACGGGAAUUACACCAUCAUGGCUGCAAACCCUCAGGGCCGCAUCAGUUGUACUGGACGGCUAAUGGUACAGGCUGUCAACCAAAGAGGUCGCAGUCCCCGCUCUCCCUCAGGCCAUCCUCAUGUCAGAAGGCCUCGUUCUAGAUCAAGGGACAGUGGAGAUGAAAAUGAACCAAUUCAGGAGCGCUUCUUCAGACCUCACUUCUUGCAGGCUCCUGGCGAUCUGACUGUUCAAGAAGGAAAACUCUGCAGGAUGGAUUGCAAAGUCAGUGGGUUACCAACCCCAGAUCUCAGCUGGCAGCUAGAUGGGAAGCCAAUCCGCCCAGACAGUGCUCACAAGAUGCUCGUGCGUGAGAAUGGGGUGCAUUCUCUCAUCAUAGAGCCAGUCACAUCACGAGAUGCCGGCAUCUACACGUGUAUAGCCACCAAUCGAGCAGGACAGAACUCAUUCAGCCUGGAGCUUGUGGUUGCUGCUAAAGAAGCACACAAACCCCCCGUGUUUAUCGAGAAGCUGCAAAACACAGGAGUUGCUGAUGGGUACCCAGUGCGCCUGGAAUGCCGUGUUUCAGGAGUGCCACCGCCUCAGAUAUUUUGGAAGAAAGAAAAUGAAUCACUCACUCACAGCACUGACCGAGUGAGCAUGCACCAGGAUAAUUACGGCUACAUCUGCCUGCUCAUUCAGGGAGCCACAAAAGAAGACGCUGGGUGGUACACGGUGUCAGCCAAGAAUGAAGCGGGGAUUGUGUCCUGUACUGCCAGGCUCGACGUUUACACCCAGUGGCAUCAGCAGCCACAGAGCACCAAGCCAAAAAAAGUACGGCCCUCAGCCAGUCGCUAUGCAGCACUUUCGGACCAGGGACUAGACAUCAAGGCAGCGUUCCAACCUGAAGCCAGUCCAUCUCACCUAACACUGAAUACCGGCCUGGUAGAAAGUGAGGACCUGUAAGCCAACAUUCUUGUCAAAGCUGAAACACUGAAACAGCCAUUGCCUUGACCAACAUAUUCCUUUGUCACAUUAUGUAAAAGGCAAAAAACAUACCUUCUAUUUCUAUAAGAAAUAAAAAGACACCAAAAUAAUAUUUUUCUUACUUGAUAUACCAAACUUAACUUAGAGUUUAAGUAGGCGAUGCUAAUAGAAAUGUACACAUUGCACAGAAAAUUCACGUUCAUCAUCCAAUUUAAAACUUUUGGAAUUGCUGUGAUUAAAGUGGUCUGAAAUGCCAAAAUGCUAAAGGAAAUCAGUUGUUCAAAGGUAACCACAAUUUGUACUAUCCCUAGUGCCUUUAAACACUAGCUAUAGGUGCUACAUAGCAUGACCGUGUGGGGUGCUGAACAAGAUGCAAUUGUACCACAAAUAAUUCUAAAAUGAUCCUCAAGUGGCAGUGUCUUCAGACAGCUACAGUGAACCAAGUGCAAUAUGUGAGGAUGAAAAAGGAAGAGGAAAUGACAAAGAAAUCCAAGUAAAUGCCUUGUCUUUGCAAAUUGUUUUACAUUAAAUCAUAAGGAAGGAAUUACUUGACUUAAAUUUUAUUAGUAUCAAGAGUUUUCUAACAAGGUUAAUACCUUAGUUCUUAACCUUUUUUUCUUUAUGUGUAGUAUUUUCUUUUCAUGCUACCUUGGUAGGAAACUUACAAACCAUGUUAAAAGGCUAAUUUAAAUAUAAGUAAUAUAAAGUAUUCUGAAUAACGCAGAACUAUAUUAACAAACAAACAGUCCAUUCCACAGAAGGCAUCCAGACCACCCACAUGACCAAGGCAUAGUAUUUGGAGGAAACGGGUUUGGAAGCAGGGAGGAGAAUGAAGGAAAAUGCUGCCAGCGCACUCAGUGAAUUCACUUAGAGAAAAGCAGAAGGGGCAGGAGACAUGGUAAAGGCCAGGCUUUUCUUUGGUUUUCUUCAAAAUUAGUCUAAAAUGUGGGUGAAAAAAACACUGCCAUUCACAAGUUAGGGAAUCUAGGGUUGGCUGGAAGUUUGCUAUGGAAAUUUCAGUGUGUCGAAGUUUGUGUGGUAGCUGAAGAGUUUAGAUGUGUCGAGUAAGUUGAAAAUGGACUGAGACUGCAAGACUGGCAUAAGCGAGAAACUGCCUGUAGGAUCUAGUGUGCUUGAGGGAAAUGGAGACUUAGGGGAGACGAAAACAGGUUUGUGCCAAAAUGUAUUUAUUUCAAUGGCACCGAGCUACGGUGAAUGGAAAAUAUUCAUUCACUUCCCUGCUGCCACGACACCUGGCCUUCAGAAGGUGCUGGGUUCCGAGUGUUUGUAAAGGCAUCUCAGCAAGGACUGAGCUGUGAAGGCCUAUGAUUCCACAUCAGCUAGAUUGAGUUGAUUCUGACCAGACUUGAUGGUUUUAAGUCGGAACCAAUAAACUUUAAAAAGGAGAAAAAACAAUUUGGCCUAAUAUUAUAAAACAUGAGGCUUUAAUGGUACUUUGCUAUGAAAAGAAAACACUGUAUUCCUUAUGCAAAACACAUAUAUCUUUCAUUAUUUAUAAUAAAAAUGUUGAACUCUCUUAGCUCAGUUACUCAAUUCAAUAUGUAGUAUUUUUAAAAAUAAUUUUAUAUCUGUGUACCACCCCAUAUAUUUCAUAUUACUGCUUCACAUGUCCAGCUUUCUAUUCUUUUUAAGAACACCAACCAACCAAGUUUUAAAUGAUUAAUAGAAUUGAGCACUGGGUGGCAGAUGUUCUAUGCAGAGUGGUACAGUUUUCUUUGACCACACUUAUACGCAUUGCUAAUACAGAAUUUAAGAUACCAUAAAAGUCUCUCUUGGGCCUAUCUAUAUUGUAGAAGUAUGACUUAUGUCAUAUCUUACUUGCCAAAUUUUUCUGAAUGUGACUUUUUGCUAAUUUGCUGGGUUUGGGAUUAAGUAGCAUUAUUUUGCCACCUUUUAUGUUGUAUUUAUAAAAAGACAAAGUGCUAUCAUACUACUUUGGAUUGUUGUGCUGGUGUAAUGUGGAUUUAACAUCAAUAAAUAUUUAACAAAUAACAGUU